UUUUUCUAUCUUUAAAAACCUCUCCUUCUCUGCGUUCCUUCCCUUCUCUCUUUCGAUCCAUCCUCCAAUGGAGACUGCUGCUGUUCUCCGGUCUUUUCAUGGUGCCAUUUGGACAACUCAGCACACAAAGUACACCAUUGAAAAACCUCUUGUGGCCUCUCUAUCAAAUAAUGCUUUCAGAAAAGAGGCAUUUUACAAAGUUCCUUCUGUGGGCCAUGCACUUGUAGCCUCAAAAGUGAAACCACGGAGUAUCAUUCCUACCAUGUGUUAAAGCCUCUGAAGCUGCAUCUGCAUUGACAUCGAAUGAUUCUUUGGCCAAGACUGCUCCAGGUUCUUCUGGGGAGAAAAUUGUUCCGAAAUCAACUUUUCCUAAUGGAUUUGAGUCUUUGAUCUUGGGAGUGUGUGAUGAAACCAAUGUUGCUGAGCUAAAGAUAAAGGUCGGGGACUUUGAAAUGCAUCUGAGAAGAGACAUAGGGGGUCCACCAGCUCCUCCUCCUGCACUUCCAGUUGUCUCGCCAGCCACAGCUCCACCAGUUCCAAGCAAGCCGAUGACUCAAUCAGCGCCUGCUUCUGCACCAGCUGCUCCACAGAAAGCUUCAAGCAGUCCAUUUACAAAUGUCUCACCAGUGAAAGCCUCAAAGCUAGCUGCAUUAGAGGCUUCAGGGUUAAAUACAUUUGUUGUAGUGUCUUCUCCUACGGUUGGUUCAUUCCGAAAAGGCAGAACUCUGAAAGGAAAGAAGCAACCUCCAAGUUGUAAACAGGGUGACAUAAUCAAAGAAGGACAGGUCAUUGGCUUCUUGGAUCAGUUCGGCAAUGAACUGCCAAUCAAAUCUGAUGUGGCUGGAGAAGUUCUAAAGGUACUCUUCGAGGAUGGAGAAGCAGUUGGCUACGGGGACCCUCUUAUUGCUGUCUUGCCCUCAUUCCAUGGAAUCAAGUGAAACAUUCUGCAAAAGUAUGAUCUACCCUAGGGUGCACCUCCUUUUUUUCAAUGUUUAUUUGGCUGAAGCCCAUUCCUUUCCUGCUUCGAUGCGUCGUUAGUGUGAUUAUGGUGCAAUUAGCCAUAGUCAUGAGAACUAUCUGAUUAUCAAUCGUAUUUUGGAGGAAUAAUAAAUUCAACACUUUAUCUUUUAGAUUUAGGUAGAAUUGGUAUUAUAAAUUCUCCUCACUCUGUAGUUUCAAACUUUCUGUAUGUUUCUGUGUUUCAUUCAGUGUAUGUCUUGCAUGUUUUGAGCUGAUGUGAACUUCUUCUAUGUGAUUUUCUUGGAUUUAUGGAACAUAGAUCUGAAUGUUUUUUUA